CGUCGUCCGCGCAAUUGUUGUUAUUACUCAGCCAUUGUCUUCCACCACCGACUUCGCGUCUUAAUUGAGCUUUCCAUUCUCCCUCUCUGUCUCGCUCCUUUUUUUUUCGCUGAGCUCAUUAUUAUCUUGCCAUCCUACGACCGCCCUGUUUCCAAACUCUCCUCGGCAUUCGCGACGCCUGCUGCUCUCCCAGCAUUCGAACCUUUUGCCUCUUUCGCGACUCGGUCUCUCCCCGUUAUGCAGCCGGCCCUCGCCCCUCGCACGGCUAAUUCUCCUUCAGCCAUGCCUCAGAUUUCUGACCUGAUGGAGCUACAGGACCAAGUCAAAUCCGAAUCACGUAUGUAUAGUAAUCCCUGCCCCACCCCCCCAGGCCUGAUCGAUACCCUGACCCUGGCUUCCCUCCGACCCUCCCUCGUCUUCUGCAUCUCUUGUUUCUUCUUUUUCUUUGUCAUUUCACUUGGGCCCCUGGUGGGUCUGCAUUACGCUAUCGCCGAUCCAUGGCUUAUCGGAAAAAUACUGUAAUGCAGCUUGCAUUACUCGGGCCUUGGGUUUCUUUUAUUACCACCAUCUGCAAACACUCGCGUACCUAACGAUCAGGGUACUGCAUUCCCCUCCCCCGGUCCAUUUGUCGACCGUGGCCUACAUAUACCUCCCCGUCAUCUCCUUCCCGCACCCAGCCUCGUCUACUUGUCUUUUUGAUGCUUGUCUUGUUUUAUCCACCUCGGCUGCUUGGAGUCAUUUACCUGUCUCCUUGACUUGGUAUCACAAACAAGACUUGCCUCUUAAGCACACUUGUUGUCGCCCACACCUUGCUCUAUUGUCGUUACCAUCAUCAUGACUUCAAUCACUCAAUUGCUUUCACCCUGGCCUGUGUCUAAGCAUUCAAUAGUUCUGCGCGAUCAACCGCACUACCCUCCACCACACUCGUCAAUGCUACCAGAAUCGCUCGAUGUCAUGCACCAACACCAACCAUCACCGCCAAUGGAUGCUGCCCACAAUGAUGCCGUGACCGGUAGUGCGGAGAGCGACCAAGGAGAGAAUACUGGCGACGGUCGAAAAGGCUAUGGCAAACGGGAGCUGAGCACCAGCAAGAGAGCAGCUCAGAACCGGGCUGCCCAGAGAGCAUUCCGCCAGCGCAAGGAAGGAUACAUCAAGAAGCUUGAAGAGCAGGUUCGCGACUACCAGGCUCUCAGCGACAACUUCAAAGCUGUUCAGGCCGAGAACUACCAACUGCGAGAUUACAUUAUCAAUCUUCAGUCACGCCUCCUCGAGUCACAGGGUGAGGUACCACCUCCACCAAGCAAUGUCGAUGGCCUUCAGCCUGGCAAGGCCGGACCUACUCAUCAGGCCGGCACUCUGCCACGACUAUCUGAACUGAAUGCCGUUGUCGGUCAACCACAAGACCCUAUCAGUCAGCUCCAUCACGAGGCUCACCGCUACCCGGACCCAACCUAUUCCGAGUCUCAAGCCAACAAGCGUGCCCGGACAAACUCUACUGAAUUAACUUCCUCGCAGGCAGCGUUGCAAGGUCCAGCAAUUCUAGCGCAGUCAUCAACCGGCGCCCGGUAAUACGCGUCGUGUUGCCUCUAUUUCUUUUAUUCAAAUUUCGACAACUCCGGCGUUGGUUCGGCAUGAUGAUAUCAUGAGGCACCUCUUUCGGGCUUUCAUAUUGUGGGGUUUCUGGUGUUGUAGUGUUGAAUAACGAACGUUAUGGCGUCUGGAGUGUGCUCGGGUUAAUGGGCAGGGUGUGUGGUGUCCGGGAUCGACCCGGACGACCCGGACGAACUGGGGUGUGUGAAGCAUGAAUUUAGAUCCUCUACCGAGCAGAGAACAUCAUCCACCAUAGCUGGCGACCCUGAAGGUACCACUGCAUUACUGUAUCUAGCAAAUGUACAAGAGUGAGCAAGGCCAUUGAAGCCAGCGGUUUCGCGCG